GCCCUCGAAAAGUUAAAAGUGGGGCGGACUGGCCCUUGGCCCGCUGGUCGGGUGCGCAGCCCCGGCCAAGUCCUGCUGUUUCAUUAGCGAUGUGUACUUUUACCGGACCGCCUGUAACUCCUGGCUGACCGACUGGUGGCAGGGAUGCCGCUGGCAGGUCGCGUCGCGGGCAUCCUGCUGCCGUAAUUCCAAACGCAUAGUGGGUGUGGGUUUUUUUUUUUUAAGAAAAGGGGAGAACGCCGAAAAGCGGGGGGUCCAGGUAAUCCAGGGCAAAAACGCUUUAAACUCUGUGACACCUUCCUGGGCUCAGUCUUUCUAACGAUAAUCAGAUCCGGCUUCUAAGUCUAUCCCUUUGGGUAUGUCUGACAGUGCUGCUCUCCUGUCUCCUGCGGUAUCUUUCCAGUGUCUCCCUUCCAAGAUUGUAAAUUCACUAAGAAUAGGGACCACGUUGAAUGCGUUAUUUCCCCCCUGUCUAGUUCAGUACCUCAAUAACACGGGCCCAGUAAAUGAUUCUACUAGCGAUGCUACAUUAAGUUAAGAUGAGAUAUCUUUUCAAAACCCAGAAUCGUACUCUCUGUAGACAACCUAAUAGCUUUCGGCCCCGUUUUUAAGCAGAGAUGGAAAUGGGUCAGAGUUCAAGACCUAAAAGGAAAUGUUUGUUCCUAUUUGUGAGGUUCUCGUUUCCCAUCCCGGCCAGUCGCCUUUGGAAUCUCCUCCAGUCAGAGGAGACUUAACCUUUCCCUCCCUCUUAAAGGUUCCCCAGUCAAAAGGAUAAUACAGUUGGAAGAGAGAAAUAACAAACUUCUUUUUGAUUAAAGUCAGAGAGUGCUUCUUUAAGUUCAUUUCUUACUUUUCGGCGGUUGUCGAUAAAUAGGAAGUGAGCAGUUUUUUUAAUUGUACUGUUAACAAAGAUUUCUUUUCUUUGCUAUGCCCAGAAAUGCCUCUGUGUUUGCUACUAGUGAGGUUUUUUUCUACAGACACACACAAGCUCAGACACAUGGUUCUAUCUGCAGAAAACAAUGUGGUGUUAGCUACUAGUACGUUAAAAUCAAUAGAAAUUGUCAAAUUAAGGAAAGUGCCAUUUAAUUGUAAUGGAAGAUAAAAAUCCACUUCAGGUUGCCUCGGGGUUCUGCCACUGAUUUCAUCGUCGACAUGGCGGGACUCCCCUUUACAGGCUAUGUAGGUAAUCUCUCCAGGGAUGUGACGGAAGUCCUCAUUCUUCAAUUAUUCAGUCAGAUUGGACCGUGCAAAAGCUGUAAAAUGAUCACAGAGCAACCCGAUAGCAGAAGGGUCAACUCUUCUGUUGGAUUUUCUGUUUUGCAGCAUACAAGCAAUGACCCAUAUUGCUUUGUGGAAUUUUAUGAACACAGGGAUGCAGCUGCUGCAUUAGCUGCUAUGAAUGGGAGAAAAAUUUUGGGAAAGGAGGUCAAAGUAAAUUGGGCAACCACACCAAGUAGCCAGAAAAAAGACACAUCCAAUCACUUCCAUGUAUUUGUUGGGGAUUUAAGUCCAGAAAUAACAACAGAAGAUAUCAAGUCAGCAUUUGCUCCUUUUGGUAAAAUAUCGGAUGCUCGGGUAGUUAAAGAUAUGGCAACUGGAAAAUCAAAAGGAUAUGGCUUCGUAUCGUUUUAUAACAAACUGGAUGCAGAAAAUGCAAUUGUGCAUAUGGGAGGUCAGUGGUUGGGAGGUCGUCAGAUAAGAACCAACUGGGCCACGCGUAAACCGCCUGCUCCUAAAAGUACACAAGAAAAUAGCACGAAGCAGUUGAGAUUCGAAGAUGUAGUAAAUCAGUCAAGUCCAAAAAACUGUACUGUGUACUGUGGGGGAAUUGCCUCUGGAUUAACAGAUCAACUUAUGAGACAGACAUUUUCACCUUUUGGACAAAUUAUGGAAAUACGAGUUUUUCCAGAAAAAGGUUAUUCAUUUGUUAGGUUUUCAACCCACGAAAGCGCGGCCCAUGCCAUUGUUUCAGUAAACGGCACUACAAUUGAGGGGCAUGUUGUUAAAUGCUAUUGGGGCAAAGAAUCACCUGAUAUGACUAAAAACUUCCAGCAGGUUGACUACAGUCAGUGGGGCCAGUGGAGCCAAGUGUAUGGAAAUCCACAACAAUAUGGACAAUAUAUGGCUAAUGGGUGGCAAGUACCAUCAUAUGGAAUGUACGGACAAGCAUGGAACCAACAAGGAUUUGGAGUAGACCAAUCUCCAUCUGCGGCCUGGAUGGGUGGAUUCGGUGCUCAGCCUGCUCAAGGACAAGGUGCCCCUGUAAUACCUAACCAAGCUGGAUAUGGUAUGGCAAGUUACCAAACACAGUGAGCUGGGACUCUGUUCAAACAAAAGGGUAAUUCAUGAUAGGCUUCAGUUUCCAGUGACACGCUGAAGACGGGAACGCAGACAUCGGAAAACGGAAAUAUUUAUUUUAAAAAUGGAAAUGUUUGGAACCUUUAGCACAGCUUUGCUUUGGUGAAGAACACAAAUGUCUUCUAGUUCUGCCUUUUUUGUUCAUGAUGGAUAUGAACAUGAAUUUUCUUUGUGUAUAAAAAUGAAAAUAAAGUCAAUAAAGACAAUUCUGACUACAAAUUUUGAUAUAGUAGCAGGAGAAAUGGCUUAUGAAUUUUAAUUCUCAGAUUACCAUUCCAUUUUUUUCUGUUCUGUCUUCAGUGUUUGACAUCACUGUGUUUUAAAAAAAAAAAAAUUGGGAAUUUAAAAUACGGUGAGACUCUCUUUAAUUUGAACAUCAAUCCUGAAUCUCUUUUUAAUGGUGGACCAAAUGCUAUGUAAGACAGUAUUUCUUUUUUCAGCAGAAACAAGUGUCAUUCAGAAGACAUAGAUAAUCUUGAAGUAAUUUUUAAAGAAUAUUUAAUUUUUUAUACAGCUAAAGAAACUGAAGCCUGAUCGAUGCAGAAAUAUUGCAAUCUAAACUGAAGAAGAGUACUGUCUGAGUUACUUGAGUAAAUUUUGCGGUCCACAUUCAGGCACAUAUUAAACUUCAGAGAUGUUUUGCUUAUUAAAAAUGUAGUAAAUUGAAUUUAAUUUUGAGAAAUGUUUUUUGCAAGUAUGGUGGUUUUUUUAGUCAGGCGGUCAUACUUGUGCUUUUACAUAAAGUUUGAAAGCUACCACAUUGUAAAUAUUUAAUUACUACAAUGUUUUAAAAGCAUGCUCAAACCUAGAAGUAGCAGUGUAAUUAUUCAAAGUAAUACCUAAUACAUUCUACUGCUCUAGAAGCAGUAGAUUGACAAGAAUGUGCAAGACUGAUGUUUCCAAAGUUGGCUACUAUGUAAAAUUGCAUAAAAUACUAUACAAAGAAAGCCUUAAUUUUAAUUUCAUAAAUCUUUAAUGCAUCAGUGCAUUUUAAUGUCACUAGAAAGUUGAAAUUUGUUGCUUUACAUAUUUGGUAUGUAAAUACCUCGGUUGAAAACCUUGUAAACCGAUUUCAAGGUUCCUAUAAGUUGUAUAGUAUGAGUGUUUUGAAAAGUCUUGGGGUGUUUUUUAAGUCUAGAAAUAUUUUGCCCAAGAAUUUUUUAACAAGAUUGUUAAAACAUCUUAUUUUAGACUAUUCAAUGUGCCAUUUGGUAAAUGGAGAUGCAGUUGAAGCAGUACACUGAGUUGUGACUUUUUUUUAUUUUUUAAUGGAAGUUUUUGUCUUUAUGGGUGGUUUGCAUGUGAUGAACUUGUAAAGAGGCUGGGUUGCUUGUAUACUGAGUGUGUAAAUGGAUAAAUCGUGCAGGUGUUUUAAGAACUAACCGGGAGCUAUUUAUGAAUUAUUUUAUAGUUGGCCCGGGAAAAAUUGCCUCCGUGAAUUUGUAGCUGAACCCGAAUUGCAUGUGGAUAGAUCCCCAUGUGCAUGGUGUGCGGCAGCUAGGGGGUGCGACUGUUUCAGCUGUGAUUCUUGAAUACACUGUAUUAAGGCACAAGGCAUCAAAAACUAAGAAUAUAUAUAUAUAUAUACACAUAUACAUAUAUGUAUAUAUGUAUAUGUGUAUAUAUAUAUAUAGCCAUCGGGUAAGGUGACCUUCAUUUUGAAUGGGAGGAGUUACAAAAGAAACACUGGUCAGCGCAUCUACAUUCCUCGGUCAAAAAACUGCCCAGCUGUCUUCUGCUCCAAGUAUUCUGAGGGGUUCUGGGGUUUUAAAAAUAUUGUGUAUUUGACCCCAAGAGCCGAAGGCACUUUUGUUGAAGCCCAGCAGCUGACGGAAGCCAGUGACACCUGAGCUCUCCUGCUCAAUCUGCCAGGAUAGCCUUUUCGGAGUGAAUUUGCUUCUCUAUAUGAAAAGGUACCAAGUUAGGUUAUUACUCUGGUUGAAUGCCCUUGUCCGCACGUACAGGUGUAUGCUAGAAUUUAAUACAAAUUCAGAGCUGCAGGUACAUCACCAACCCUAAAUGGGCGUGUGACUGAAGUGUCCUUGGUUUUAGUCUAAAAGAGAUUUUGUGAUCUCUGUUGGUGAAAAGCGUUUCACAAUAUUUAGGUGACAAUUUUUUUUAUAAAAGCUGUCAAAAAUGGUACCGUUUGUUUUCAGAACAUACUUCAGCUACCACAGAUUUUAGUGUUUCCCAGCUGUGACUAAUGGGAGGAUGCUGUACUGCCGAGAUCCUAAAUAAGUUAAGAAUGGUUUCCUUUCUUUUUGAUAGUGUUCAUAUCUCAAUGGAGAUUGCCGUUGGCACAGAAAACCUCGUCAGACUUUUGUGGAGGUUAUUACGGUGAUGUGUUUUGAUCAGCCAUCCUCACUGCUCCAGAAAUCUAUUUAUCAGUACCUAUCCCCAUGUCAUCACAAGUUGAUUUCAAAGAACAUUGGCAAUAAGUGGCCGAAGUCACUGGCCUACUACUUAUGCCAAAGUUGUAAACCAGAUUUGAAGAAAGUCUUUCAAUAAAGACUGAGACUUAUAUGAC